AUGACAGCCGUUCCCUCCUCGUUGCUGCACUACAGCGGCCACCAGUACCUAAGGCAUCGAUUGGUACUAUCUAUACUUAGUGGGAAGGCACUCAAGAUAGAUAAAAUACGACCCGACGACAAAAACCCUGGUUUACGAGACUAUGAGAUCAGCUUGUUAAGGCUUGUUGAGAAGGUUACGAAUGGAACUAUCAUAGAGAUCUCGCUAACUGGUACCGCAAUCCUUGUCAAGCCAGGCAUCAUCUCAGGUGGACCAAUCACGCAUGACUGCCCUCUAUCCCGGUCUAUAGGCUACUUUCUUGAGCCAGCGGUUAUGCUUGCACCGUUUGCCAAGAAGCCUUUGAGUCUGACUCUGCGCGGUAUCACCACGGAUGACAGAGACCUGUCGGCUGACCUGAUUCGCACCGUGACCCUACCUCAUCUGCAACUCUUUGGUGUAUCUGAUGGCCUCGAGCUUCGCAUCAAGAAGCGCGGUGCAGCUCCUCUCGGAGGCGGAGAAGUACAGUUCCUCUGCCCCAUCGUCAAGCAGGUCAAGACUAUCAACUUUGUCGACCCUGGCAAGAUCAAACGCAUCCGUGGCAUUGCGCACGCAGUGCGCGUCAGUCCUCAAUUCUCAAACCGCAUGAUCGAAGCUUGUCGUUCCGUGGUGAACCGAUACAUUCCUGACAUCUACCUGUAUUCGGACGUGUACAAGGGCGAGGAUAGUGGAAAAUCGCCAGGCUAUGCGCUCAGCCUGCUCGCAGAGUCAACUACAGGCGCAUUGCACUGCUCAGAAGCCGUCUCCAAACCUGGUGUCGCGCCUGAGGAUGUUGCCCUCGAGGCCUCUCAUUCACUGCUCAGCGAGAUCCGCAACGGCGGAUGUGUCGACAGGCGGCAUCAAUCUCUUGUUCUCAUCCUGAUGGUGCUGGGUAGCGAGGACGUUGGACGCAUUCGCAUGAGCGAGCCCACCGAACGAACUAUACAGCUCUUGCGCGACAUUCGCGACGCAUUCGGCACCUCGUUCAAGAUUUCGCCGGCGGAUAAGUCCGGUACCUCCCCAGACCUGACCUACGUCUGCUACGGGACAGGCUACAUCAAUACCAACCGUUCCAUCGCCUAA